UAUAGUGUCCUUUUCCAUCUCAGAGUGGUGUAUUCCCUUAUAUGAAACUGUUUUUACAUGAAGAGAUGCAUCUAAAACAACUGUCGGUCUUCAGUGGUUUACUUGUUGGCAAAGUUCAGAGGGAGGGGCUUGUUUCCAAGUGUAGAUAUCUGUGCACACAUGGUAGAGGAGCAGGUGGAUUGUGUUAACAUCCAAAGAGAUCACUGUUUGCCUUGAGGGGAUACAGACAUACCAAUGAAGCUUUGGGGGGAUCUUUACUUUUUGGCAUCAUUUACUACAACAUACCUAACCCAAAGGGGUUUGACUUAUUGUGGUGGAAGUAGGGCAGACGUUUUGGAGAACUCCACACAUUUUCAUUCGAAUGCUUGAGAAUCAUUAGGCUUUUUGUUUCAAAAUGGAUUACCGCUACACUAGGAGAUACUAUUCAUCACUGGACUCUUUGGACUCAUCAGAGAAGAGUGGAAAAGAGGUGAUGUCUAAAGGCUCCAGUGGAAUGGAGGUCAUCCUGUCUUCUCUGGAGAACAGCAGGGAUGUCCAGACUACUCUGAACAUCAUGUACAUCCUCAGUGAGCUGCUGACAAUCGGCAGAGGCCGUAGAGUGGGAGUGUUUGUUUCCAAAGGAGGAACAGGAGUUUUAUUCCAGAUUCUGAUCUCCGCCAGUAAUGAGCUUCCUCCCAGUGAGGAACUCAUGCUGCAGCUUCACUCACUACUGGCCAAGGUUGGACCGAAAGACAGAAAGUUUGGAGUGAAGGCACGUUUGAGUGGAGCUCUGAACAUCACGGUCAACGUAAUUAAACAUAAUCUGCAGAACACAAAGCUGCUUCUUCCAUGUCUGCAGGUUCUCAGGGUUUACUCUACCAACUCGGUAAAUGCUAUUUCUUUGGGCAAGUGCGGUGUGAUGGAACUUAUUUUCAAGAUUGUCGGGCCCUACAGUAAGAAGAACACCAGCCUUUUCAAGAUAGCUCUGGAUGCACUUGGAGCUCUACUCAAAUCUAAAACUAAUGCUCGCCGUUUGGUAGACAGUGGCCAUGUGUCUGUCUUGCUCACUCUGUACCUGGAUUGGCAUCGCAAUGACACCCGACACAGAUGUGUGUUGAUUCGUAAAGGAUUGCUGGUCUGCCUCAGAAACAUUACCAACAUCAAACUGGGCCGAAAGGCUUUCUUAGAGGCUGACGGCAUGAGAAUCCUUUACAACUCCUCCACUGAGUGUCUACCAGUGCGGACACUGGAUCCACUAGUGAACACUUCAAGCCUCGUCAUGAGGAAGUGUUUUCCAAAGAAUCGUUUGCCUCUGCAUACUAUCAAGUCAGCCUUCCACUUUCAGCUGCCUCAUGUCCCCCCUGGGGGACCUGUGGCUCAGCUGUACAGCCAGCCUUCUGGGGUGGAUGAUGUGGCAGAUGAAAGCGAUAACGAGGAGCCAGAGGCAGAGACAGACACUGAGAAUGACGAAGAUGACAAGGAUCAGUGUAACCUGAAUGAUGACAUAGAGACGGAUCUCAAUAAGCUACAUCCCAAAAGGACCAUCGGACGCCCGUUUGAGGAGCUGAAGAUCUAUCAGAAGUUCUUCUCAGAGCUUUCUGAAGACUUUCAAGGGUACAGCUUUGAAUCUUCAAAGAGUUCCUUCACUACUUCAUCAGCACAUCUCUUCUCAUCAUUAUCAGCUCGGUUCACUCGACCGGUUGUAGUGCCUGCAGCGCAAGAGUCCCCAAAGCAAAUACCAGGUUCUGAAGUGAUUUGCAACUCUGUCAAAGAGCAUCAGAGUCUAGCCUCUCCCUCCCCCACUGGUUCUCAAACUCCUCUGGACCUGAACUCAAUCGACCUCAGCAAGGGCAAAGAUAAGAAAGAGAAUGUCAGCAUUCCAGCUGCAGAUGGACACUCUGCUCCACCCCCUUUUUGCAGUUCUCCCUCUCAAGGACCUUUAAUAGAACAGGAACUCUCCCAUCCACUGGAAUGUGUCUCUCUAGAGGACAAAGGAAGUCAAAAUACAGAGGCUGGGUCUGAGAAGGUCAAACAUGAGGGGUCUCCAGUCAAUAACUUGAGACAAAUACAGUCACCUUUGAUCCUUGGGGGUUUCCCAAUACGUCGGGCAGGUGGGGGAGGCAGCAACGUGGGUUCAGAAUGUGGCUCAGAGGGUGCUGAAGAUGAAGGAGGAGAAGGUGCCGUUCUUGAGGUGCCAGACACAGCUCUGCUCCUGCCGCUGCAUGACCCUGACCUUUACGUGGAGAUGGUGAAGGGGACACAGUCAGUCCCACAUUAUGCUGAAGUGGCUUACCCAGAUUACUUUGGCCAUGUACCUCCAGUGUUUAAGGAACCUCUUCUGGAGAGAGUGCAUGGUGUACAGAGGUCAAAGAUAUUUCAGGAUAUUGAGCGGCUGAUUCAUCCUAAUGAUAUCUUGGAUAAAGUAGUUUAUGACAUCGCUCAUCCCAGUCCUGUGAUUGAAGAAAACAGCGAAUCUCUGAAGUUCAACUCUCAAUUUGAGUCGGGGAACCUCAGGAAAGCUGUUCAAGUUAGGAAAUAUGAGUACGACCUUGUUCUGAAUGCAGAUAUCAACAGUAAUCACUACCAUCAGUGGUUUUACUUUGAAGUGAGUGGCAUGCGUGUCGGGGUUACGUACCGUUUCAACAUCAUCAACUGUGAGAAGUCAAACAGCCAGUUUAACUAUGGCAUGCAGGUGUUGAUGUACUCUGUGCAGGAGGCCAUUGGUGGCAGGCCUUGUUGGGUCAGAACGGGAACAGACAUCUGUUACUAUAAAAAUCACUUUGCAAGAAGUUCCAUCGCCACUGGGGGACAAAAAGGAAAAUCGUAUUAUACACUGACCUUCAGCAUAAACUUCAGCCAUAAGGAUGAUGUCUGCUACUUUGCUUAUCAUUACCCUUAUACAUACUCCACACUUAAGAUGCAUCUGUCCAAACUUGAGGCUAUGAGGACCCCUCAGAUCUACUUGAGACAGGACGUUCUGUGUGAGACCCUUGGUGGAAACACCUGUCCACUUCUUACUAUCACUGCCAUGCCCGAGUCCAAAUCCAGUGAUCAUAUCUGUCAGUUCAGGAAUCGCCCAUUGAUCUUCUUGUCAGCCAGAGUGCACCCUGGGGAGACAAACGCCAGCUGGGUGAUGAAGGGCACACUGGAGUUCCUCAUGGGCACCAGCCCGCUGGCAGUGAGCCUGAGAGAGGCCUACAUCUUUAAGAUUGUCCCGAUGCUUAACCCUGAUGGAGUCAUUAAUGGAAAUCAUCGAUGUUCUCUGAGUGGAGAGGACUUGAAUCGACAGUGGCAGAACCCCAAUCUUGAGCUCCACCCCACCAUCUACCAUACUAAGAGCCUGCUGCAGUAUCUUGCAUAUAUACAAAGGGCACCACUGGUGUUCUGUGAUUACCACGGCCAUUCCAGAAAGAAGAAUGUCUUCAUGUACGGCUGCAGUGUGAAGGAGACAGUCUGGCAGUCUAAUAUCAGUGCAACCUCCAGUGACUUACAGGAGGACCUUGGAUACAGGACUCUUCCCAAGAUCCUGUCUCAGAUCGCACCUGCCUUCAGCAUGGCCAGCUCCAGUUUUGUGGUGGAGCGCUCCAAAGAGUCAACAGCGCGAGUUGUUGUCUGGAGAGAGAUUGGCGUAAAACGCAGUUAUACCAUGGAGAGCACCCUCUGUGGCUGUGAUCAGGGCAAAUAUAAGGGACUUCAGAUCGGCACCAGAGAGCUUGAAGAGAUGGGUGCUCAGUUCUGUGUGGCCCUGCUGAGGCUAAAGAGGUUAACCGGGAACCGCAAUCACCAGCAUUUGCUGGAUCUGGAAACCGAUAUCAUUGGAACACAUUCAAAGCCAGUCAGCAGCUGCACAACUACCUAUGUGUUGGAGGAGGAUGAGCCAUCCUUUCUGGAGGAGAUUGACUACAGCGCGGAAAGCAAUGAUGACGAUGCAGAGCCUGAAAGCGAUUUCUGUGGCGACGUCCAAGAGAAUUUUGAUCAGCUGUCAGACUCUGAAAAUAAUCACAGGGACUAGUGCUAAUCUCCUUCAUAUGGGGUGGUCUGAGCUUAUAAUUAGAGCUUGGAUUAUGGUUAAAAGUUUAAAAAAAAAUUUUAUUCUAUAAACAGAAAAUUGCCUCAGCUCCUUCUUUGUCUCUUGGAUAAAAAGUUUAAUCCCACCUGAACUGUGGGCUGGAUUAGCGUUAGGCCACUGUUAGCAGCUUAUUGCUCCUGAAGGUGCGUACACCAUCUGCCUUUCUCUUCAGAUAGACCAGUAAUGAGUAGUUACAACAAUAAGGGUGGAUUCACUGAAUGUUUUCACCUUCUCUGCACCAAACUAAAAUCCUUCUUAACUUCAACACUGUACAGUCCCUGAGAUUCACAUGUAAAUAAGCAGAGCGACCCAUCUCACCUGCAGUAUUUUGACGAAACACUUAGUGAGAGAACAACCAGUCUGCCUUCUUCAAGAAACAUAAGCUGUUCUUGUGUUUCCUGCAUUAAACUCACCUUUAGCUCUUCCCUACCCCGUAGAUCACAUGUAUCCCAAAUUUAAUCUAUAUCACAUGAAUGUAAAGCUUUCACUUCACUAUAAAAAAGGACCUAAUAACAGAUUUACGGUUCAGAUAUCAACACAGGUUCAAACACGCACAGCUGUUAGAUGUUAAGACUGAAUGUAUACCGUCAGUGUUAUGUUUUAAUAUUUCACUGUAUUCUAACGCACUAUGGCAAAUAAGCAUGAGCUCCGGAAACCAAACCAAAAAAAAAAAAAACCUGUCUUUGCACUGUUUCUACAAAUAGUAAAACACUUGAGACAAAGAACAAACUUGAGUGUAAAACUUGCUCUAUCUGUUACAUAUGAUCACUUCUGAAGUUUUCUGAGCCCAGUAAAAGCUGAUUCUCACAUUACUGUGAUGUUUAAAAAAAAUAGACUGGAAAUUUGCCUCAUUUUUAUCAUUUUUUCACUUGUAGUUUUUGCUGAUUUGUAGAUUCUUUUCAAUGGAAAUGGAGGGUGCUUCAUAUUAAGAGUGGGAAAAAGAAUUUCAGAGUUUAUAUAGAUGUUUCCUUUAGUUGUACAGAUGGUGCAUGGCUUGUUGUUUUUUUAUUUUAAUUAUUUUAAUUUAUUAAGUCCUUAAUAUGCACCCUGCAUGUUUGUAAGGAUAAUUUCUGGUGUAUGAAUUUUAAAUUUGUUUGCUUAUUAUUUUUGAUUUAUUCCUUUAUUCAGCCUAGCUCCUAAAAAUGUGCUUCUAUCUAAACUGCUGCUUUCCUCAUGUCUUUUUAAUUUUCUGUCUGUUCUAAUCCUUUCCUCUUUCUCUGUUCUUUGGACUUCAUUUACUUCUCACAUUUUCCUCUAUUUUAAAAACCCAGAACGAUGUGCGUGAGUUAAUUUCCUUCUCAUAUAAAACUGUGUGCUAUUUUAUUUUAUUUUUGGAACAUUUAAUGUUUACACUUUGUAGGCUGUACUAUUUGUUGGUUUGUCAAGGAGCAGAAAUAGCCUAUUUUAAGUUGUGUGGCAUAAAACUGAAGGUGAACAUGAAAGUAUCUGGAAAUAAAAUGUGAAUGUGGAAA